GCUUUUUUAACGCAAACUACUUACGAUUUGAUUAUUGAUAGUGUGUAUUCCUGUGUCAAAAAUGCCGCUGAAAAACUUUUUCAAAAAGCUUGUACUGGAAGAAAAAAUUGACUUCUGAACACGAAGGUGAUGCAAAUUCUACAGAAUUCUCUAUAUCUGGCGAUGGAACCUGGAAAAAACGAGGAUAUACUUCAUUGUACGGCGUGACAUCUCUAAUUGGAUACUAUUCUGGGAAAAUCAUUGAUGUUUUAGUGAAAAGUUCCUACUGUAAACUGUGUGAAACUUGGAGCAAGAAACUAAACAGUGAGGAGUAUAAUGAAUGGUAUGAAGAUCAUGUGGAAAAUUGCAGUGCCAAUCAUUCAGGUUCUUCUGGAAAAAUGGAGGUAGAUUCUGUAGUCGAAAUGUUUAAGCGAUCAUGGGAAAAGUUUGGAGUGAUUUACAAAAAUUACAUAGGAGACGGCGACUCUAAAACGUACACGGGGAUUUUAAAGGCUGCACCUUACGGUAAAAAAGUAGUGACAAAAAAGAAUGUAUUGGACACGUUCAAAAAAGAAUGGUCACGCGGCUCCGAAAUUGUGUAAAGACAAAUGUGGAAACAGUGAAAAAAAAUGGGAAAAAUCGUAAAAAAAAAAGUCUUGGCGGAAGAGGCAAGCUCACAGGCAAAAUGAUUGAUAAAUUGACAGUUUAUUAUGGCUUAGCAAUUAGGAGAAAUUGUCAUUCAGUCGAAAAUAUGCGUAAUUCCAUAUGGGCCACAUAUUAUCACUACUGCUCAACGGAUAAAAAUCCUAAACACGAGAAUUGUCCAACCGGACCGGAGUCAUGGUGCUCUUGGCAGCGGGCAGCAGCUGCGAAUGAGUUAUCAUCUUUUAAGCAUGAUUAUCAGACAUUUACAGAGGAUGUUGCGAAGGCUCUGCACCUCAUUUACACUGAUCUCAGCAAGAAGGAAUUACUGGAAAGAUGUCUGGGUGGUUUCACCCAAAACAACAACGAGAGCUACAACCAAUUAAUUUGGAAAAUCUCUCCAAAAAUAAUCCCGUCUGGCUCGAAAAUUGUUGAAAUGGCUACAUGCGUAGCUGCUGGGGUGUUCAACGAAGGUGCAUCAUCUUUAUUAUAUUUUAUGAAUGCCACUGGAAUUUCUCUUGGACCCAAUGCGGACUCAUAUGCUGAAAGAGAGGAUUCACUACGAGUGUCAAUCGCCGACCGAAGAUCUCAGGAGAGUACACGUGAAGGCCGAAUGGCUCGUAGACAACACCAAAUAGAAGUUUUAGAGGGGGCUGAAGGUGAAGAAGCUACAUUAUAUGGACCCGGAAUAGACGAUUCGAUAUAAUCCAGUUGAGAAAUAACGUGCUCACCGCUAGCUGUCUCGAUUCGAAAGAGCUCCAGAAAAUAU